AUGCCUCGCUCAUUCCUCGUCAAGAAAUAUUACAGCAACAAGAAACCAUGCUACAGAGAAAGUCAUCUAGACAGCCAUGCAGCUUAUAUUCCCGAAAGCUUCCCAAGAGCCGAGCUUCCACCUGGAGACUCAUCCGCUCUCACCUGCUAUCCAGUCUUUUCCUUUUUCAACCACAUGGACAGCCUGUCUCUGCCACCCUCACCUACCACUGCUGCAUCCCCCCCUCUUCCUCCUUCUCCCCUGGGCCCAGUGGAUCUGAGCAGUUCUCCAUCCUGCAGCAGUGGUGAUGAAGAAGAAGACGGAGGUCGCACUUCAGACCCUCCCAGCCCAGAAACCCUUCACCCCAUGUUCCAUUGCAUGUACUGCAGUAAGAGCUACAACAGCCUCUCCACACUGUCCAACCAUCAGAUGACCCAGCACCAGCACAGCACUGUUGAAAUCUCGGCGCGACCAAUUUUCCAUUGCAAACACUGCACUAAGGAAUAUACCAGCCUUGGUGCGCUGAAGAUGCACAUUCGCUCACACACACUCCCGUGCGUUUGUCCCACGUGUGGAAAGGCCUUCUCCAGGCCGUGGCUGCUCCGGGGACACAUUCGCACUCAUACAGGUGAGCGUCCAUUCUCCUGCCAGCACUGUAACAGGGCAUUUGCAGAUCGCUCUAACCUUCGCGCUCACCUGCAAACCCACUCAGAGGUGAAGAAGUACCAGUGCGGCUCCUGCUCUCGGACCUUCAGCCGGAUGUCCCUUCUGCACAAACACAACGCAUCGGGAUGCUGCUCCACGCACUGA